AUGAAUAGCGAAGAAGGCCGGCACCACACCCUCUCCUCGUUCCUUGCGAGUACCCUCGAGUCACAUGUUCGCUCCAUACGACAGGAGGCGCUGACUGUUUGCAUCAACCAUGCACAGUGUGAGCUGUUGUCUCGUCGGCUUCAGCAGGUGUAUAACACUUUACGUAAGUUACCUAAUGGGGCGCCCACACCUCAGCUACUAACGGUUUUUGCAUCAGCUGACAUGCUUGUGCAGCGCAUGCGGCAUGGUGGCUGGUUGCUCCUUUUGGAGCGGCACCUCACAUGUCGGGCGCUGUUUGCGGCAUUGUUUGAACGGAUUCCGUGUGUGUGGCAGUUGCAGAUGACAGAUUCAUGGCUUGGGGAGGAUCUGUUGGCUGUGCGUGCGGAUGAGCAAGUGGAUGCACGUGUGUACCUUGAAAAGUUGGGUGGAUGGGCGGAUGUGGAAUCAAGGAUGGACAGGGCACGUGGAUCUUUCGAUUCCUCGUCGGGUGAGGAAAGUGAUACAGGGGAGACUAGAGGAGGUGCCCCUCCCGACGCCUUGACAGAGCAAGAUGUUAUCGAUAUGUUUCGGAGGCAAACGCUUAGCAGGUGGCGAGUACCACUGGAGGACCUCACACCCCCUGGGGAGGAUGUGCCGCCGCCGCCUUAUGCCGAUUCGGAGCUUCAUGUGUUUUCUCUCUAUAAUGGGUAUCGCUAUGGAAAAACACCAGUUUUGCUUUACCAGUUGGAACAGACGGCGAAACGCACCAUUCCACCGACAACAGUGACGAACUUCGUGCAGGACAUGGUUGCACGAGCACGCUGGUGCCAUCCGAAUCUUGUCCCCUUCACCGGUGCCUUCACGGAAAAGGUGCCAUUUUUGUGCCAACCGGACGAUGACAACGACUGUGAUCCAGAUGUUGAUACUAGCAGCCAGUUCAGUGGCGAAAACAGUAGUCGAUCUCAGUCAGCCAAUGGUUGUGGUGCUACUGAGGAAGACGUGACUGCAGCCGAUGAUGGUGGUGUUGACCCUUCCUCAGCCCCUGUUUUGGACCUCGGAUACAUGAUAGAGGACAUGAAAUAUCUUAAGGCUGAGUUAUUGAAUGAGGAAAGCCCCUACCUAACCUCGUACGUUGUCCGAGAAGUGGACAACUAUAUUGGCAACGAAACGUUUAAAACUCUUCACGAAGUUCUUUUCGUGGAGCGGAGGCCCUUUACGGUCAGGGAAGCCAUUGCUAUUACACUGCAGGUUGCCGAUGCUCUUCAAUAUAUACUGAUGGAAGAGGGGAAUAUGCCUGAAGAAGUACUUGAUGCAUGGACAGUGGUGUCACCCUCAAAUAUUUAUGUGUGCCCCAUAACGGUGCCAAGAAGAAGCCAACAUGAAUGUUGCCACGAACCCGGAGAAUUUGGGGGGAGCGCAUGGCCAACAUGUGACGACGGCUACGGAGAUAUUCAAGAGGAAUAUGACCACGACAUGGUAGCACCACCAUUUUGUGGUAGUAGUGUGCAGCAACGCCGUUGCGUUGAGCUCUUUGCUCCUGGUGGCUGGGCGGCGAUGUAUAACCCUCCGGUGUAUGUGGACGGAGGGCCAUAUAGCAGGUGGCGACCUCACCCACAUGCAAGCUGUCGCCCAACUUACGCGAUGGCACAACUUUUGUUAGCUUUAGUGAAUAAUGAACCACCUUAUCGCUUGCUCACAAAGCAGGAAGAACUUGCGAGGCAUGUCUUCGAGGCAGAUAACAUGAAUGACGACGACAACGUCUCGGUUUCGGUUAGAGUAAGCAUACCGGUUGGUAGCAUUGUGCCACGGAGGUUGCCCGUCGCCUUGAGGAAACUUUGCAGCCAUGCAAUGCAUUUGCGGGACCCCCACCGACGUGGAGAGGCUUGGGAUGGAUUGUCACUCUCCGACUUCAGGAAUCAGUUAUGGGAAUCAUAUAUUAGUCUCUCUAAUUCAAUGGAUACCGCUGGCAUGCUUCCAGGCAUGGACGAUGAUGCUCAAGCGACCGUAGUUCCAGUUGGCGAGCGCGUGGAAAUGGGUUUCAGUAGGGAAUCUUCGGUAACACGGGAGAGAGCUCCGGGCCCCACUCUGGAUGAUUACGGUGAGUUCCCUAGUAGGGAGUCAUAA